GUUGCUUACCUUCAAGGUGUUCUAGCUGCAAACAUAUUCGACUGGGGAUCAUGUGCUUGUGUUGAUCUUUAUCAUAAAGUAACAAUUAUUGAAAUUUAUAGAAUGAGUUGCAACAAGAUGCAAAGACCAUGGCGCGUAGAUGAUUUUGACCUCUUUAAGGAACGAAUGUUAGGAUCUGAAGGGAAGAAACCUAUGCCUUAAGAGAGCUUUACUCUUUGUUGAUAACUCAGGUGUUGACAUUGUCUUGGGCAUGCUUCCACUAGCAAGAGAACUCCUUCAACGCGGAACAGAAGCUGUUUUGGUUUCAAAUUCUCUUCCUGCACUGAAUGAUGUAACUGCCAUGGAACUUCCUGAUAUUGUUGCUGAGGCUGCAAAGCAUUGUGACAUUCUUCGCCGAGCUGCCGAAGCAGGAGGGCUCCUAGCGGAUGCAAUGACCAACACAUUAGAUGGUUCGAAAGGAAAUUCUUCUUCAGUUCCUUUGAUGGUUGUUGAGAAUGGUUGUGGGAGCCAAUGCAUAGAUUUAAGGCAGGUCAGCUCUGAGCUAGCUGCAGCAGCAAAAAAUGCCGACUUGGUUAUCUUAGAAGGGAUGGGUAGAGCUCUUCAUACCAAUUUCAAUGCUCGGUUUAAAUGUGAAGCCCUCAAGCUUGCAUGGUGAAGAAUCAGAGGUUGGCAGAAAAACUGAUUAAAGGAAAAAUGUACGAUUGUGUUUGCCGAUGUGAACCUGCACCUGCCAGUUUAUCUUCAAUGCUAACAACUUAAGAGCUGUUG